AGGUAGAAAAUGGUUGCCCCUGUUCACCACCUGUGAAGACUUAGAAACACACAACUACGGCUUUGGUCCUCUAAGUGUUUCAGGAUGUAAAUGUAGCCUGACUUUUCCCUGAUGGGCUGUUAAAUCAUGGACAUGCUAAACAAGUUUCUUCGGACUGUCCUUCCAGAAGAUGCUUUGGCUUCUCUCUCGAAUGCUCACUAGGCGUUUGUAGCUGACAAGGAAAAGCUAGAAGGCUGUGAACUGGAAAGUUCUCUUACAAUGAAAAUUACGAGCACCUCCUGCAUCUGCCCAGUCCUCGUGUGUCUCUGUUUUGUGCAGAGGUGUUAUGGGGCCACUCACCACAGCUCCAUCAAGGGGACCAGAAACCAAACCAAACACAUCGAAGGUGAAACCGAAGUCCACCACCGUCCUAAAAGGGGGUGGGUUUGGAAUCAGUUCUUUGUUUUAGAAGAACAUAUGGGACCAGAUCCACAGUAUGUUGGAAAACUGCACUCCAAUUCUGACAAAGGUGAUGGGUCUGUCAAGUACAUCCUUACUGGAGAAGGUGCUGGGACUAUUUUUAUCAUUGAUGAUACCACGGGUGACAUCCACUCAACAAAAAGCCUAGACAGGGAGCAGAAGACCCACUAUGUACUUCAUGCUCAGGCUAUUGACAGACGAACGAACAAGCCCCUUGAGCCUGAAUCCGAGUUUAUCAUCAAAGUGCAAGACAUCAAUGACAAUGCUCCAAAGUUCACAGAUGGACCAUAUAUUGUAACUGUGCCUGAAAUGUCAGAUAUGGGUACCUCUGUUCUACAGGUGACAGCUACUGAUGCAGAUGACCCUACCUAUGGGAACAGUGCUCGAGUGGUUUACAGUAUUCUCCAGGGACAACCCUACUUCUCCGUAGACCCUAAAACAGGUUAGUACUUCUAUGGAUAAUUGAUGUACAGA